AUGAACACAACCAACCAACAACAACUUAAACAAACAACAAUUCAAUCCCAUCUCCAAUCACAACCAACAAUUUCUCAACCACCACAGCAAACACAAACUCCUCAACAACACCACCAUCACCACCACAACCACCAACAUCCAUCAUCAUCAUCAUCAUCAUCAUCAUCAUCAUCAUCAUCAUCGUCAUCAUCAUCAAACUCUGUUCAACAAACAUCACAACAACCAACAAAAAAACAAAAAACAACUCUUACCAAACUUCCACAACAACAAAAAUCACCACAACUUCAGCAGCAUAUAAAUCAACAGUUACUUCAACAGCAACAACAACAACUUCUACAACAACAACAACAACAACAACAACAACAACAACAACAACAACAACAACAACAACAACAACAACAGCACACUACAACAACAACACCAGCGACAACGACAACAACAACAACAACAACAUCAUCAUCAUCAUCAUCAUCAUCGACAUCAACAAAUAAAAUUUGCCCUACAAUUUCAAGAACUAACUUUCUUUCUAAGUUUAAAAAGAUAAAUUCCCUAUUAAACUCAAAUGAUACAUUUGCAUUAAACAAUUAUAUUAUGACAGAAUAUUCUUUAAAUGAAAAGGAUUUUCAAAAUAACAACAAUAAAAUAACAUCAAAUGGCAUAAAUAAUAAUAAUAAUAAUAAUUAUACAAGUAGCGAUAAUAGUCAUAGUAAUGGCAAUAGUAAUAGUAAUAGUAAAAGUAAAAUUAAAAAGAGGAUGCCCAAAUUGAAAGUUUUCAUACCAUUUCCAAGGGAAUAUACUCAUCUAUUUUCAAGGCAUGAUCAAUUAUAUAAAGAUUCAUUAUUAUAUAUGUCAUCACAAUUUGAUCAAAUUGAUAAUAUUCAUGAAGAAGAUGAUUGUUUAGAAGAUAAAUCAGAAAUAUCGAAAUUAAAUUAUCUUUCACAAACAAUUGCAAAUUAUAGACAAUUAUUUGGAUUUCCACAAAAUGAUCCAAUGAAAAUUAAAUCAAUUACAAAUAAUAAAGAAUUAAAUAAAUUAAAAAUGAAUAUAAUUAAAUCAACAAAUAUUCGUAGUAAUGAUAAAACGAAAUUACUUGAUAGAAAUUAUUUAAUAAAAAGUGGUACUAUGAUUAAACCAUAUUUAUCAAUUAGAAGUAGAAUAACGUUGAAAAAUGAUAAUAAUUAUGAAGGAUUUAAACAAUUACAUUAUCCAAUGACAGAUGUUGAAAAGAGGAUAAUUACAAAUAGUGCAAUUGGGUUAAGGUAUAGAUUAGGAUUAUUGAAUAGACUUUGUAAACAGUUACCAGGUAGAGCACCGAUUGAUAUAAUUCGAUAUUUUACAGAUUUAAAAGAGAUGAAAAAAGAUUCAAGAUUAGUUAAUAGAAAUAAGAGAUUGAGUGGUAGAGUUGAUGCAUCGAUUGGUAUCGAUGGUGAAUCAAUGAAUCCAUUCGAAAGGGAUGUAAAUAAUAAUAAACGACUUGAUAUUAACUAUGACUUGAAUCAAGAGAAAUUGAGACAGAUUCAACAACGAGAUAUAAAUCAAAAACAAUUUGAGCAGAUAAUGAUCGGUGAUGAGUUGGGGAGAAAGGCAAAUGCUUGUGUCAAUGGAAUUAAAUAUAAUCAGAGUAGAAUCAUAAAGACAAUUGCGAACAGAAUGAAUAAGAUUGAUAUGUUUGGAUCUGGUGGUGAGAAUAUAUUGGAUGUUAAAUUCGACCCAACUAAUAAAUCUAAAAAGAUUCUGGCACUUUCAAAGGGCUCAAGUAAUGCCUUCCUCUACGAUUACGGCAAUCAGUCGAUUCAACAUUUGAAAUUCCAAUCAAAGCAAUGUAACGAGGGUCAUUUUUCAUUGGAUGGCUAUAGAGUUAUCACUGCCAGUAAGGACGGCACUAUUACAGUGUGGUCAGUUGACGGGGGUGAGGUGUUGGGCUAUUUUGAACACGAGAAUCAUAGUCCUUGCUUGAGGUUAUCGUUGCAUCGUUAUUUGGAUUUGGCGGUUGGCGGCUUUCAAGAUAAGUCAAUCUACCUAUACAAUUACACAAGUCAAGAUUAUAUCAAUGUCAAUAAUAGUCAAGAUAUGGCGUCUUGGCCAUGUGCUGUCACUGAUUUGUCCUUUGGUUAUGGUAAGAAUUGCGAUAAGAUUGCAGGUGGUAUCGGUUCGAUCACUGAUGAACCAGUUAAAGGUUUCGUAACAAUCAUUGAUAUCAAUAAACCCGAUCGUUAUUUAAAUCUAUUCGUUCAAGAGAAAGAUGUUUCAUCGGUGGCUUGGAAUCCUAGGAAUCAUGAUGUCGUGGCCUCAGCUUCAAAUGAUAUCAAUCAAUCAAUUUGCGUCUAUGAUAUUAGAACCACUGUACGUGCAGUCACUAUUAAAACCGGUCAAUUGGAUGUAAACAUUUGUUGUUAUAGUCCUUGUGCAAAUUAUAUCUCUUUAUCUGGUACGGUAAAUUGUUCAUUCGUAUUUGAUGCUAGAAAUAGUAAGAAACCACUUCACGAAUUAAGACAUAAAAUUUAUGAUUCAAACUAUAAUCCAGCCUCAAAGAUUGUAACUCAUGCUCAAUGGUCAAAAAAUGGUGAUUUCUUUGCAACCUCUGCUGAUGAUGGUUGUGUUAGACUUUGGGAUAUCAGUUCAUCACAACCAUUAAUUAAAACUUUAGAACAUAAACCUUUUCCAGGUACUCCAAUUAAUUUCUUUGAUAUUUCUUCAAGUUCUGAUAUGGUAGUUAGUGGUGGUGAUGAUGGUUAUAUUAGUUUAUUUACGUAUUAA